UGUAACCUUGCCAUCACGUUGACGGUACUGACGAAACGCGGUUGGCCUUCACACGGGAUGAGAGUUCGGCAAACACCCGUAAAUCAUAUGUUUUUGAUCAAGUCAUAAACACAUCUCUUCAACACUGAAUCGUCGCUAACCGAAAAUCAUCCAAGAAGAGUGAAAGCAAUCAACACCUUAGCACUUGACUCAAGCAACCCAACGUCGUAUUAUACUGAGAAUUCGAAAGCUAGCCAUGUCUUCAACCGUCACAGAGACUUCGCACCAAGCCAAGCCGGCUGAAGAUGGCACCGCGAAGAUGCUGCGCGAUGCUGAGGCUAACCACACAAAGCCUCUGUGGCUGCAAAUGACCAGACUAAACCCUCCUCUGCCCAACCCACGGUGCACACCCCAUCUUUGGAAGUAUUCGGAAAUUCAACCCACCCUUUUGCAAGCGGGUCAGCUUGUUACCGAAAAGCAAGCUGAGCGCAGGGUGUUAAUGCUCGUCAACCCCUCUAGAGAUGCCCCUUUCACAACUGACACUCUCUACGCUGGGCUGCAGCUGGUCAUGCCCAAUGAGACAGCGCCGGCGCAUCGACAUACGGCCUUUGCCAUGCGCUUCAUCAUUGAGGGCAAUGGCGGCUUCACUGCCGUUCACGGAAAGCGCAUCCAGAUGAACCGGGGAGACGUAAUCUUGACCCCCACUUGGAACUGGCAUGAUCAUGGAAAGGAUGGGUCCGGCCCGAUGAUCUGGCUUGAUGGCUUAGAUUUGCCCAACUUUACCCACUUCCCUGUUCAUUUCGUCGAGCAUUUUUCAUCUCCACGAUACCCAGCAGAUGAUGUUGAUACAUCCCAGUCGCCCAUUGUCUUCCCGUGGAGUAGGAUGAAAGCAGCGCUUGACGACGAGGAAGGGCACUAUGCUACACAAAGCUAUCUUCGUGCAGAUGGAUCUGAAGUGAGCAAGGUUUUAGGUGGCCGUGCAGCCCGCUUGGCCUCCGGUGCCAAGUCUCCUCUGAUUCAGGAGACCGCGUCAUCUGUUUACCAUGUCGUGGAGGGAUCAGGGCGUUCUCGUAUCGGUGAUACAGAUCUCAUCUGGAAGAAGGGGGAUACUUUCUGCAUUCCCUCCUGGUACUCUUAUCAGCAUUUUGCGGACGAGGGCCUAGAGACAGACGUGUAUCUGUACCGUUUUGAUGACAUGCCCAUGCUGAAAAGUCUGGGAUUUUACCGCUCAGCUGAUAUGGACGUGGAACGUCUUGUAUCGAACUAAGCGAUUGUAUUUACUCACCUGCAGACUGAAUGAAAUGAGAU